GGCCAUUUUUACCACGUUUGGACCGUCAUCAAAAGAGCUUGAAUUCUGUAACUUUUAUCUUUGUGUCUCGGCUGAAAACGAACGGAAGAUGAGUUCUAAAGUCGUUCGAAGAGAUUCCUUAAAUGUUUGUGUUGUUUGUUGCGAGGAUAUUGAGUUUUUCGCCAUUGGAGUGUGUGACCAUUGUGUUUGCUACAAGUGUUGUGUUCGAAUGCGUGUACUCGGGAAGGAAAUUUACUGCCCAGUGUGCCGAACAGAACUGAAGCAGGUAUUCAUAACUAAACACAUGACCAGUUAUGCAAAACUGGCUGGUAGAGGAGGUUCCUUUGUGAAUGAUAAACGACACAACAUUCAUUACCAACAUAAAGGCAUCCAAGACAAAGUUAAGGAACUCUUGGAACAUCGCUGUCAGUUCUGCCCAAGCCGCCAGCCAGAGAGAUCAUUUGGCCGUCUCCGUGAUCACAUGAAGCGGGAACACGAAAUGUUCUAUUGUGAUCUUUGUGUGGAAAAUUUGCAAAAGUUCAGCUUUGAACUGAAAGCCUACUCUCGUUCUGACCUGGCACGACACCGCAGAGUUGGUGACUCUGAUGACAAAUCCCACAAGGGACACCCUCGUUGUGAAUUUUGUGAUCAGCGUUAUCUUGACAAUGACGAGCUUCACAAGCACCUGCGUAAGGAUCAUUUUUGGUGUCACUUCUGUGAACGGGAUGGAAGUCAGGACUACUAUCCUGAUUAUAAACAUCUACGAGAGCACUUUCGUGAUUUUCACUUUCUUUGUGAAGAAGACGAUUGUAUUCAUGAACAGUUUACUUCUGUCUUUCGAACAAAGGUUGAUUUUCAAGCACAUCGGGCAGCAAAGCACUCUGGAAAGUUGAGUAAAGCACAGGCUCGUCAGGCUCGUCAGUUAGAUGUUGAUAUAACCUUUGCUCCACGGCCAAGGCCUCAGACAAAUCAUGGUUCAGUUACUGCUGGAGAUUUUGUGGAAGUGAGAACUUCAGAACAAAGAAAGGGAAAAAGAGAAAAAGUAGGAAGAAGAGGAGACUUUUCAGGGCCAAACAGGAAAGAGGCCUUAGAGCUACAGACUGCCAUGGCUCUUUCUUUGAGUGAAUCCUCAGGGGACCCUUCACAGCUUCCCUCACCUUCAUCUAAGCCACAAGAACCUAAGAAGCACAAGCCAGAAGAAGAUGGAGCAGUUGGGGGGCAACCUGCUAAAGAAACAGAGGAAUUAGCUCAGUUCCCAGUUUUGCUAAAUUCUUUAGAGGUUACAAGUGCAGAUAAAGAGUCUAAGAAGAGUAAUAAACCCACGAAACCUCCUUUGUAUGCAUCUGUUUCUCAUCCGCCAUACUCAGUCAAUGACUUUCCCUCUCUAUCUGCUUCUGGUCAAAGAUCUGAACAAUCACCACCUGUACCUCCAGGAUUUGCUUCAGCAGCUCGUCAGCCUCCACCUUUAGCUAUAACACAGCAGACUUCUCGCGCUAAGCCCCCUCCUGGUUUUCAGACACCCUUUGAGGCAACUUCUAAGGAGAAGAUUAAAGAAAAUGUGGCACCAUUACAAGAAGCACCUGUUACUAAAACAGAGGUUAAGACAAACAGUAGUGUUCAAGAGAGAAAUCAAGCUUUAGUUGAAAAAAUAAGAGUCUUAUUAGGAUAUGAUAAGUCCAAAUUUGAAGAGUUCAAGGAAUUAUCUGGAAAGUUUCGCAAGAGCAUUUGUUCUGCUGAAGAAUACUAUGCUCAGUGUUAUGAAUUAUUCGAGUCUAACUUUUCUCAAGUUUUUGCAGAACUGGUAGAUUUAUUGCCUGAUCCUGAUAAACGAAAAGAACUGUUAGCUAUCCAUCAAGAUGCUAAAGUUAUAGCAAAGCAUCAAGAUGAAAAAAAUAAGAAUGGGAAGGUCAACAAAAAGCCACCCUUGCCUGGGGUUUGGCAAACUGGUGCCACUGCUUGGAAUGUGGAGACAAACAGGGGUGGUAUAUCUGAAAGAGAUUUUCCAGCAUUGCCUGCAGCAACCAAACCAUCUUAUCAGCGAAGGUAUAAAGCACCAAAGAGUGCUGCUGUCCUCAAAGAAGCAUGGAUCCGAGGAAAAUAAGUUCCUUUUUGACAGAAUCCUGAUACAUGUUAUUGUGUUUUUAGGGUAAUUUA